GGGAGACAGAUCACUAGUUAGUUGAAAUGGAGGCUUUCAAGCUUCCGAUCCAACGCACGCAAUCUCUCUCCUCUCUUCCCUCAUCCCUCUUCUCUUCUCUCUUUUUCUCUCUUUCUUUCUCUUUCUAAAAACUCGUCUAAUGGCAGAGAUCUGCUGCGUCAAGGAGAUCCAAGAAGAAGACGUCGAGAAGACCCGACCCGAGUUAGAUCUCCCUGAUCAUGAAGAUCCAACGGUCAGCGACGAAGAUGGGUGCAAGACUCCAACAUCGUCCGAUCACAAGAUUCCGGAGGUGACGUAUACGUUAUGCCCACCGGCUCCGAGAAAACCUAAACCGAACCGGUCUUCUGGUACGAAACGAAAAUUAACGCCGGUUAAUGUUGUUAACCGUAUACCGAUUGAUCUGAGCCGUGAGAUCGAGAUGUUCUUCGAGGAUUUGGACCGUAGGAUCAAGAAGUCACGGAAACAAUAAAGAACAAGAUUAUUGCCUAAUUGGUAGUGAUCGUUGCUCAUUCCUAAUUCUUGACUGUGUGGUGGUAAUUGAUCCUUUGAAUUUAUCAUCUUCUUCUUUUCUUUUUUUUUUUUUGUUAAUUAUUUAUGUAUAAUUAGCUAAUAACAAUAAGAAACUUGCUGUCAAAAAAAAAAAAAACAAUCAGAAACUUAUGUACUCAUUUAAUUUGGAUUUGUACAACUGAAACAAAGUCAAAGCUCACAUUUAUAAUUUCUUCGUUUCAAUGUCAACAUUAACUUA